GUCAAAGUCAAAAUAUCAAAACAACAUCGUUUCCAUGUGCCGAAGUGGCCGAAAUUCAUAUUUUUUUUAGUUAAAUAGUAAUUAAAUGAUAGAUUAAGUGAUAAAUAAAGUGUUAAAAUGCUUCGGCGGCAGGCGCGUUUGCGCCGAGAGUACUUAUACAGAAAAUCCACGGAGGAAAAACAGAAAAGUAUCCAAGCUAAAAAAGAUCAAUUAAAACGAAGUUUGGAGGAAAAUAUUCCAAUACAUGGCGAUUUACGGAGAGAAGCGAUCGCUUUGCAGAAGAGAAUAGAAUAUGAGGAUAAAGGUCCGGAAAGAGCAGCAGUGAUAGGUGGUAUCAGUGGUGGAGCCAACACACUCAACUCGCAGGACGAUGAGUACAGAUACGCUGGGGUGGAGGACCCUAAGAUCAUGAUCACCACCUCUAGAGAGCCCAGUGCCAGGCUGAAGAUGUUUGUUAAAGAGCUUAGAUUAAUAUUCCCAAACAGUCAGCGCAUGAACCGUGGUGGCUAUGAGAUGUCACAGCUGAUCCACGCAUGUAGAGCCAAUGACGUCACAGAUUUCAUUGUUGUCCAUGAACACAGAGGAGUGCCUGAUAGUUUGGUUAUCUGUCACUUACCGUAUGGACCCACAGCAUCGUUCACUCUAUCAGGGGUGGUGAUGCGACAUGAUAUACCCGACAUUGGACCAAUGAGCGAACAGUACCCCCAUCUCAUAUUCCACAACUUCAAAACUGAUUUGGGUAUAAGAACAAUGAGCAUCUUAAAAUACCUCUUCCCAGUUCCAAAGCCAGACUCCAAAAGAGUGAUCACCUUUGCUAACAAUGAUGACUACAUCUGCUUCAGACAGCAUACAUAUAAAAAGGUUGGAAAGGACAUCGAGCUAUCAGAAAUAGGUCCUCGCUUCCAGAUGAAAUUGUAUGAGAUCAAGCUCGGUACACUGGAAGCGUUAGACGCGGCCGAUACUGAAUGGGCGCUCCGCCCCUACCUCAACACGGCGGCCAAGAGACGGUUCCUGAGCAAUGAGGAAGGCUGGCAAGAAGACGAAUAGAGAAAGAACAAUGAGAAAGAGGAAAAGAACAAAAGUUAAUUUUGAUAAAUAAAACAUGUGUUAAAGUU